UGGGCAGAGGAGCCCGGCGCGCCGCGGCCCCACGUGUGCGGUGAGUGCUGCGGCGCGGGCGGUCCCGGCGGUUUUGGCGCCCGCCUCUGACAGGGAGGGCUGUCCGCUAGCGGAGGGGCUUCCGGCCGGCCCUGCGCUGGGCAGCCUGCCGUGGCGGCCGGAGUUCGGGGUUUGGCCAGGGCAGGGAGUUGCUAUGAUGGAAGUCAAAGGGAAAAAAAAAUUCACAAGAAAAAGUACGAAAACAUCACAAGAAAAAAAUAAAUUUCAUAAAAGCAGAGAUUCUAACUCCUCAAAGACGUUCCCAAGGAAAGUUGUUAAGGACAGUGGACCUAAAAUCACAUCGAAGAAAUUUGAGAAAAGUGCCCCAAAACUGGGCAAAAAGGGUGUGAAGCAGUUCAGGAGUAAUCAGCAAGGUGACAAAGGACCAAAGAACAAAUGUCAGGAGAAAAAUAAAUUCAACAAGAAGAGGAAAUUCCAGGCAGACAGUAAAAGUGAUGCAGCAACAGCCAAGAAACCAAAAUGGGAUGACUUCAAAAAGAAGAAGAAGGAACUGAAGCAGGGCAGGCGGCUCAGUGACAAAACCAACUACGACAUCGUUGUUCGAGCAAAGCAGAUUUGGGAGCUCUUGAGAAGAAAAGACUGUGACAAAGAAAAAAGAGUGAAGUUGAUGAGUGAUUUGCAGAAGUUGAUUCAGGGGAAAAUUAAAACUAUUGCAUUUGCACAUGAUUCAACACGUGUGAUCCAGUGCUUCAUUCAGUAUGGUAAUGAAGAACAGAGAAAACAGGCUUUUGAAGAAUUGCGAGGUGAUUUGGUUGAAUUAAGUAAAGCCAAAUACUCAAGGAACAUUGUUAAGAAAUUUCUCAUGUAUGGAAGUAAACCACAAAUCGCAGAGAUUAUCAGAAGUUUUAAAGGCCACGUGAGGAAGAUGCUUCGGCAUUCAGAAGCAUCAGCCAUUGUGGAGUACGCAUAUAAUGACAAAGCCAUUUUGGAACAGAGGAACAUGCUGACAGAGGAGCUCUAUGGGAACACAUUUCAGCUUUACAAGUCAGCAGAUCACCCAACUCUGGACAAGGUGUUAGAGGUACAGCCAGGAAAAUUAGAGCUUAUUAUGGAUGAAAUGAAACAGAUUCUAACUCCAAUGGCCCAAAAGGAAGCUGUGAUUAAGCACUCAUUGGUUCAUAAAGUAUUCCUGGACUUUUUUACCUAUGCACCCCCCAAACUUCGAUCAGAACUAAUUGAAGCCAUCCGAGAAGCUGUGGUAUACCUGGCCCACACACACGAUGGUGCCAGAGUGGCCAUGCAUUGCCUGUGGCACGGUACACCAAAGGACAGGAAGGUGAUUGUGAAAACAAUGAAGACUUAUGUUGAAAAGGUAGCUAAUGGCCAAUACUCUCAUUUGGUUUUACUGGCGGCAUUUGACUGUAUUGAUGAUACUAAGCUUGUGAAGCAGAUAAUCAUAUCAGAAAUCAUUAGUUCCUUACCCAACAUAGUAAAUGACAAAUACGGAAGAAAAGUCCUGUUGUAUUUGCUGAGUCCCAGAGAUCCUGCUCAUAUAGUACGAGAAAUCAUUGAGGUUCUGCGCAAGGGCGAUGGCAAUGCACACAGUAAGAAAGACACAGAGAUCCGCCGACGUGAGCUCUUGGAAUCCAUUUCUCCAGCUUUAUUAAGCUACCUGCAAGGACAUGCCCAAGAGGUGGUGCUGGAUAAGUCUGCCUGUGUGUUGGUAUCAGACAUUCUGGGAUCUGCUACUGGAGACGUUCAACCUGCCAUGGAUGCCAUUGCUAGUUUGGCAGCAGCAGAGCUACAUCCUGGUGGCAAGGAUGGAGAGCUUCAUGUUGCUGAGCAUCCUGCAGGACAUCUGGUUCUCAAGUGGUUAAUAGAGCAAGAUAAAAAGGUGAAAGAAAAUGGACGAGAAGGUUGUUUUGCUAAAACACUUGUAGAGCAUGUUGGCAUGAAGAACCUGAGGUCCUGGGCCAGUAUCAAUCGGGGCGCCAUCCUUCUCUCCAGCCUUCUUCAGAGUUGUGACCAAGAAGUUGUAAAUAAAGUUAAAGCUGGACUGAAAAGUCUGAUUCCUAAAUUGGAAAAAAACAAAAGCACCAGCAAAGGAGUAGAAACGCUGCUUGAAAAGCUGACUGCGUAGGUGCAACAGUACAGAACAAGAUGGCGUACUUUUCCAGUGCAGAGGGGAAGAGUAGGAUCCACCCAUAGUUUGGAAAUUCUCUAUAUGUCCUUCUUUGUAAAAGGAUCGAUUUAUAUAAAAUUGUUUCUAAAAAUG